ACGUUCAAGAAUGCUCGAUGAGAAAGUGGACCGCCUGCAGACUAUCCUAGAGAUAGACGACAGCGCCUUAGCGAGUACCCUAUUAGAUGACAGCGGAUGGGAUAUAGAGCUGGCCGUGGAGAACUAUUUCAACUCACAGGCGAGCAGCACUGAGAAUACUGAGAAUAGCAACACUUCAGCCACACCCUAUAGACUUCCAAUAUCUCCUUCCAUCGCUCAUGUCGGCCUCGGUUCUGGAAGAUCAGCCCAGGCAGGCUCAUUCAUUUGGACUAUCUGGAGAGGGAUACUCUGGCUGGCUAUAAAAAUACUCAGACUUCCUCUAUGGCUAUACAGCUUUCUAUUCAAUCAGUCGGUUAGCUUCACACCACCAGAGCCAGUUCCUCAAGAAGAAGCUCACAGUCUUCUCCUUUCUUCUAUAGAUGAGGCUGUUAAUAGUCGCGAACCGUCUUCUAGUUCGACUGCUGUCGCUCGCACUACUCAACGCCAGAAUACACACGUCAUUCCUUCAUUAUACUUAGGUACACAUAGUAAUGCACUCAGAGACGUCAAGAAUAAUGCUCAAUUUGGUAUCAUUGCAUUCAUUGAUAGUAGUACAACAUCAGAUGAUUUCAAAUAUCACACACUUGCUGAAGAAAAAUUCAACAAGUUGGUGAAUGAGCAUGAUUGUUUGGUUUGGGUUGGAGAUAUAUCCACUAAUAGAGACGCUUAUGAUGUUGCAAUCUCUAAGGGUAUUAGGAUAUUCCCCCGUGUGGAAGUACACUCAAUGCAGGCCUUGCCAACAUCAAGGAAUGCCUUAGUGUCGGUACCUACAAUGUCACACCUUGGCAGUAUCUCUGGAAAAGACAGUCUGGGCGAGGACUUCAGAAAUCUGCUCAGUUCUAGAUACCUCAAUAGAGUUAGUCCGUACUUGCGUAGAUUGCGUAAUGAGAAAUACGAAAGACAGCGUGCAACAUACAUCAAAGAAGCCGCCGAUAGAGCUGAGAACGAGCGGAUGCAACGGGAUGCUGAAAAUGUACUGAAGAAAAGAGAGGAGUCAGCAAGAUCAGCAAAAGCUGCAGAAGAUAUUGCCCAACAGAGAGAGAAGGAGAGGAAUGAAAAAGCUAAUAAUGAGGUUAUUUUAAGGGAAUACCGCAAUUGGUUGAAGAGUACAAUUCCAGGUGAGCCGGCUGACGGCAUACGCUUGGCCUUCAAAUUGCCAGAUGGCAGGAGAGUCAUUAGGAAAUUCUCUCCAGAGACUUCUCUUGAGACUUUAUACAUGUUCGUCGACACAAUCGAUGUUGAAAUGUCAACAAAGAAACCAACGAGGGUAGUGGACUUUGAACCAGAAUUCAAACUUUAUAUGAGCUAUCCAUGCGAAUUUAUACCAAACUUAUCUGAUAGAGUGAUUAGCCAGAGUCAGAAUCUAAUUAAAGGGGGAAUCAUAGCUGUCGAAAGUGAUAUAAAGGAGUAUAGCAGCGAAGAAGAAGACUACGAUGAAGUAUAGCUUAAAAUAAAUGAUGUAAAGGAAUAAAUUGUAUAUAUUAGAACAGC